CUGACGUUGGUGACAGAGCUCUACUUCUUCCAAAUGUAGUAUAUUGCACAAAACCUGUCGCUGCAUGGGACUACAACAUCGUUCACAGAAGCAGCAAAGCCCGACUAUUCAUCUGGGGCCAGCUACAACCCAGACAAGCCUAACCCAGUCAAACCCUGCUUCGUGUUGCUGGCGCAAAACCAGGACUGGCUUGGCAUCCGCACGUUGAUGCGAGAGAUGGAAGACAUAUUCAACGGAAGGUUUAACUACCCGUAUGUGUUCCUGAAUGACGGGCCUUUUGACGAGAACUUUAUGAGCAUGCCUUGGUCAUUGACCAAGGCGACAGUCAAGUUCGGCCAGAUCCCGCAGGAGCACUGGUCAUACCCGGACUGGAUCGACCAGGAGAAGGCACGCGAGGAGCGCAAGAAAAUCCAGGACAACAAGGUCAUGUAUGGCGGCAACGAGUCGUACCGCCACAUGUGCCGCUUCGAGUCCGGCUUCUUCUACCAGCACCCGAUCAUGCAGCAGUUUGAGAUGUACUGGCGCCUAGAGCCUGGAAUCCAGUACCUGUGCGAUAUCAACUACGACCCGUUCCUGUACAUGAAGCAGCGCAAUAUCAAGUACGGCUGGACCAUCGGCAUCUAUGAGCUGAUGAGCACUGUGCCGACACUGUGGAAGUCGGUCAGAAAGUUCAUGGAGACGCACAGGGAGCUCAUUCCCGAGCACAACUCGCUGUGGUGGGUGUCGCGCGACAACGGCACCACACACAACGGCUGCCACUUUUGGUCCAACUUUGAGAUUGCCGACCUGUCGUUCUACCGCGGCGAGGCGUACUCCAAGUUCUUUGACUUUUUGGACCACGAAGGCGGCUUCUUCUACGAGCGCUGGGGAGAUGCCCCGGUGCACUCGAUUGCUGCUGCCAUGUUCCUGCAGAAGGAGGAGGUACACUGGUUCGAGGACAUCGGAUACCUGCACCCGGGAUGGCAGCACUGCCCCAGUGGCGACGCGUGGCUCAAGAACCGCUGCACCUGCGAUGCGUCGGACAAAGACAAGACCAUCACUAACGCCGGCUGGGGCAAGUGCUCGCACGAGUGGAAGCUGCUGCCGGAUACGCCUCAAGAAAUCCGCCGACCAAUCAUAAAGCAUACCUACACCAGAAUAUCCAUUUCACACUACAAUUUUGUCAUUAUUGCUAUAUAUAUGCCUUUUUUUUAUUUAGUAUCGGUAGUGCAUGGUCCCAAUUUAUUGGCAGCUAAAAUAUAUAGCUAUAUAUGA